GCCUAGUUCAUUAACUGCCUGCCUUAGCAACCGUAGCUCAGUAUCCAGCCAGAGAGCGAUGGAGGGAGGAGGUAACUCUCCGUGGAUGAUGAAAUACGGCACAGUUGUGUCUCUGUUUGUGGUCGUUUUGGCCUUCUGGUUCCGGGCACCACCUAAUGAAACCCUGGACGAGCGGCUGGACACCGUGCUGUCCUCUCUGCUCCGGGCGGAGGGCAAGGUCGGGAUGAAUAACGUCGUCAGACCGAGAGUGGCUGUCGGUUUUGGAGGUUGUGUUGACCUGAUAGUGGAUGGAGUAUCAUUGCUUAAUAAGAUUGGCCUGCCUCCCACAGACCAGCCUUUACACCAUGACUACAUAGAAAAUGAAGCACAGCUGGCUCAGAGCUUUGCCUACUUCUUUGCACCGGGAGCUGCAGCAGAGCGUUUUGUGCUAAAUGAUACCCUGUUCAAUGAGCUGGUCGAAGCGUCCCGUGAUUUACCUGGAAACAGAUGGGCAAUAGGUGGCAAUGCCCCGGUAAUGGCUAGCCGCUUGGCAACCGAGGGAUGUGAUCUUUUGCUAGGGGGAAGUUUCAGCCCCGAUUUUAUUGAUGUCCUGUCCGAACACAUUACAGUGGCAGGUAACAUAGUUGAAGAGCCAGACAUUCAUCUGAUCCUGGAGUAUCCAUCUGGUGCUAGCUGGGGUCACUAUACCUCACGUAGAGCCAACAGAUAUAUCGUCCACAGCGAUGACCAUAACCCCUACCUGGACUCCAUGGCGGAGUUUGCUGAGAAACUCAAAGACUUCACACCAGAUCUGCUGGUGGUGGGUGGGCUGCAAAUGAUGGAUAACUUCCCCUUCCAGUCAGGUGAGCGGGACGCUCUCCUCUCCCGCCUGGCCAACCUCCUGUCCUCCUCGUCUCCACAGAUUGGAGUCCAUUUUGAGAUGGCCAGUUUUGUAGAAGAGAGUAUAAUGGAAGACCUUCUUCACUACGUCAUUCCCCAUGCGGACUCUUUAGGGAUGAAUGAACAGGAGCUUCCUAACCUGCUCAGUCUGCUAAAAGGCUCCAACAUCACAGUGUUGUCAGACCCAAACCCUCGUGUAGCUACUGUCCUCGACCAGAUGAGGGAGGUCUAUCGCAUUGUGAACCAGCGCUCCAAGAAUGCAAGUGCAGGAAGUGACACAAAUAGAGCUGAAGCUUUCACUGAAGCUAAGCCGCUGACUCGGCUCCACAUCCACACGCUGGCCUUCCAGGCAAUGAUUGUGACACACGGCUCCCAGUGGAAGAACACCAUGUCAGCCACCGCCAAGGCCUCUCUCACAGCUAACCGCCAUGUCUGUGGCUCUGACGACAUUGACACCAGCAAGGCGAGGCUCAUCAUGGACGACUCCUUCUCUAUUAGCCGGCGGGAGGGCAGCCAGCGUAUCCCUCUGCAGGAGACCCGGCCCGUCAGCUGCUGGGAUGAGGACGACUACGAGAUCUGCGUAGCACCAGUGCUGGUUUGCACUGAGGUUUACCAAACUGCAGGUGGAGGGGACAACGUCUCAGCCGCUGGCCUGGUGCUGCAGAUCUAGAGAAGGACUUUAUGGUCUAUCUGUGUGUAGUGCUAGAACAAUUUGACUCUGGAAACUUGAUCUAGGUGUGAUGCAAAGUACCCGGCAAACACGUGUACUGAUGGUGAAAUGUAUCGGGCUAAUGCUGUCACCCUAACAGCUCAUAGCCCAGGUGGACCAUAAGGAAAACAGAUUAUCAUUCGUAGGAGUCAGAUGAUGGGGUGCAGUGGUUAUUAAUCAGGUUAGAUCACCAGAUUUGAAAUAUAUGGGCUCAGUUUUACAGUUCUCAAUUUUGAGGUGGAUGCAGUUAAAACUAGUGAAGUCAAACAUUACAGUUGUGUUACUUGAAUGAAGUCCAUCCUAACCAGACUUUCUGCGGUUAAUUCUCAGUUAGGUAUGUGUAUGUUUACAUUAAGUUGGAGGGCACUAUCACUGAUUUCAUCCGUCUUUCCCUAACAUUUAGUACAUAUAAUAAUAUGUAUGUACACUGUCUUUGCCUGAGUGCAAAGUGCUUUUGCAUCCAGUUUAUUUGAUUUCUGAACCAAGACUUUGAAAAGAGACACUGCCCUGCUCUGCCCUACUUUAAUCCAACACACCCAACAUCUUUGCCAAGUCAUUGUUGCCCAUCACCUGACUCCUGUCCGCCUCUACUUCUCCAAGGCCUUACAAGACUCGGCCUUUAAUCAGGUUUAGAUAAAGAGGGAUGAGGUUUGGAUAAAGUCCAUAAAUACCAAGUUGUGUUUAUUGUUAGUAGUAACCGACAAAGCUGCACAACUUCAGUUGUAGGAUCAAUUUUCUUUUUGUGUAAUUUAAACCUGUGACUCCACUAUGCACCAGAGUUGUCUAAUCACUGAAAUAGCUGAAUCUUCUGUUUCUGGGGAGCACGUUUAUCAGGUGUCACCUACUUAAAAUCUACAGUUCACACCAGUAAGCGGGGAUUUGACCACCCCUGCCUUGCGCAUAUGCAGUUUAAACCUAAGACUGAAAAGUUAGCAACCUGUCAGCAGUGGUGGAAAGUAACUAAGUACAUUUACUCAAGUACUGUGCUUGAGGACCAUUUUGAGGUACUUGUACUUUACUUGAGUAUUUCCUUUUGCUGCUACUUUAUACUACUACUCAACUAAAUUUUGCAGGCAAAUACUACAUUUCCUUGCUAACUUUAGUCACUAGAUACUUUGCGGAUUCAGAUUAUCAAUACAAAAUAUAACUCCGCUAAUAAAUUAUAAUAUAUAUUAUUAUAGGUUAAGAUACCCGGCAGUCUAUAAGGCAGAGCUACCUUCAUCAGCUGCAGCAUUAAAGUGAUUUACACAUUAAUGCAUCACUAAUUAUAAUUCAGUGAUAUAAUAUAUAUGAUUCUGAAAUGGGUCAUUUUGCAUAAUGAGUACUUUUACUUUCAGUACUUUGAGUAUAUUUUGAUGCGAAUGCUUUUGUACUUUUACUUAAGUAUGAUUUUGAAUGCAGGACUUUUACUUGUGACAGAGUAUUUUUACAUUGUAGCAUUGCUACAAAAUAUCUUAAUACUUCUUCCAUCACUGCCGGUCAGUUUUUAAAAGGCCACAUCAUCUGAACCCUUUUUAAUGAGAAGGCUCCAUCCUGCCUCUUCCCUCUAUCUCAUUCCCAAAGGUAAAGAAAGAUUUAAAGUAGAAAGCUAGUUAGGUUAUUACCUCCUGUUCUUCCUAAUAUAUGUGAAAAAUGUGCAUACUGGUUUGGGUGUGUUUGAUUUGUUUUAAGAUGGUCAUUCCCCUGUGUGUGUGUGUGUGUGUGUGUGUGUCCCAUUGCAGUGCAAUAAUGCAAAAACAAUGUUAAGAGACCACUGUUGGUAGCUGGAUAUGAUGUCAAAAACUUCCUCUCUACCUCCAUGCUAUUUUUGUUUCUCCCCUUUUUCUCCUUCACUCUUUUCUCUGUAACUUUGUCAAACUUUUCUAUUGUCAUAUCUGUCAUAUCUCUUCUUGUGUUUGUUUAACGCUCUUUAAGGACCAAAUAACCAGUGUGGACUGCCCAUUGCUGCAAAGAAGACAUUACUGGCAGUGGCCGACAGUGCUCACGUUGUCUAUUGAUAUGGCUGCUUACAGUGGAACACAAUCUCAUCUCUAGCUUUUUUUUAAAUUGACCUGAAGCUAUGGUGUUGCUCACCAUUAAUCCCCUUAAUCUGUGGAAUAUUGGACCACACAGUAAAUAUAUUCACUUCAAUUUACUUGUAGUAGGAAUUAUGGAAUUAUGCAAUGUUUCUCACUAUGUACAAAUCAAACAUUCCACCACAGAUCCAGUUUUAGUUAUUUUCUCCAUACAAUAUACACAUAUAUACAAUAUAUAAGUAUGUUUGACAAGUACACUUCAACAUGCAAGUGGAGUAAUUUAUUUUCUUGAUUACACAAUUACAUUUCUUUAUUAGGUUCUUAAUACAUGCUCGUCAAAGCCCCUUUAACUGUGGAACAUAUUUAUUCAUGUUGUGAUGCAACAAGUAUGAGCUGAAGAAAUCCAUUUAAAACUUUCCUUUGUUUCAACACCACUGAUUGGAUGUUGUUUGAAUAUGCUGUAGGUAAAAAAAGCCUUAUUCUGUUUUGGUCUUUUGUGUUUAGUGAAAAGGGAAUGUUUAAUACAGACUUUUUCUAUUACGGUAGACUUCUGUUUUAUUUUCUGAUGACUUUGUCUUACACACUGAUUGGAAGACGAGAGUAACGGGUCGUGUUUUUACUGUGAAAUGAAACUGUUAAAGGCAGAACUUCAGCAUGCAUUCAUGUUCGGAUAGAGAACUGCUUGUGUUUGCUACCAUAUCAUAUACUUAUCUAAGCUUUAGAUAAGUCAUGUCAUCCAUGUUCCAAAGCUGUGUUUAACUGUUUCAUGCAUGUUAACUAUUCAGUGCAGAAUCACCUAAGAUAAAAUGCUACGCUGAUAAAGCA